UAGAAACGAAUACCAUCAGGGACAUCUGCUCCAGCCACAAACUUUAAAUAAAUGGACGCCAAGGGCGGUGACAUCCAUUGGUAUUUUCCUUGUUAGACAUAUUUUAAACUCACAAGACGGUUAAUCACAUUUGGAUGGACUGACUUUGUUAACAAAUACAGUCAACAGAGUCGUUUAUUCAGCGAUGCUAACCGACUGUUAGCUAGCAGACGCUACCUUUCUCAGGAUACGUUAUAAAGGGUAAAAUACUCACGGAAGGCUUAACACAGACACAGUUAACGCAGAGUGUGAAUCUUUUAUCUCACCUUAACUGGCUUCCGUUUUAUCAGUGCUUUGACAGACGACAAAGUGAAAUGUUUGACAUAAAGAAGAGCCACACGAUGUGACCCCCGCUAACUAAAGGCUAACUAGCUUAUAUUCAUUCUGUGCGUCGGUAGCUCCUUCGGUGUUUUUUCCUUGAUAUUUUUACGACUUUUAUUCUGGCUUUUGCUAGUUAGCCAAGUAAUAUAAAAUUAUAGAAAAGAGGGAAAUGGCUGAUGACGCUGGCAGCAUCCCUGAACUGGACCAGGAGAAAUAUGAUGCAGACGAACAAGUGAAGAUCAUCUGCCUGGGAGACAGCGCAGUGGGAAAAUCUAAGUUAAUGGAGAGGUUUCUCUUGGAUAAUUACCGUCCCCUGCAGUUGUCAACCUAUGCAUUGACCCUGUAUAAACACACAGCCACUGUGGGAGACAAAACAGUGUUAGUUGAUUUCUGGGACACAGCUGGUCAGGAGAGAUUUCAAAGUAUGCAUCCCUCAUACUACCACAAAGCACAUGCAUGCAUUAUGGUUUUUGAUGUUCAACGGAAGAUCACAUAUAAGAAUCUAGCCACCUGGUAUAAGGAACUAAGAGAGUACAGACCGGAGAUACCAUGUUGUGUCGUUGCAAACAAAAUUGAUGCUGACUUGAAGGUGACACAGAGAAGUUUUAACUUUGGGAAGAAGCAAGGACUUCCUUUUUAUUUUGUAUCAGCAGCUGAUGGAACAAAUGUAGUCAAGAUGUUCAGAGAAAUGAUCAAGAGAGCAGUGGACUACAAGCAAAACCCGAGCGAUUUCAUGGAUGAAGUGAUGCAAGAGUUAGAGAACUUUGACCUGGAAAAGAAAGAGGAAAACUCAGAAGCAGAUGAGGGGGGGCUAAAAGUGGAGAGUCCUGAGUUGGACUGAAAAAUAGUUUGCAGAUCCUCCAAACCAGCACGUCAUCUCAUGGAUCAUUUAUUCUCCUCUGGGUUUCAUGCUGUGAAUAAGUUAUUCAAAAUGUCAAAGAUCUCCUAUUCUCUUUGAAGGACUUCUUCUCUUUAGUUACAUUGCCCACAGGAGAUCAGCAGACCUUUAUUUAUGAGGCUUUAAAUCACUGCCCUUCAUCCCUCCUGUGACAUCAGCAGGGAUAUAAACCUGUUGGAGUCAUAAGAAACUGUGACACACCAGGGUAUUUGUUUUCAACAUCAUCUUUCUUACUUUAUCCCAGAAUAAAUACUAUUAAAUUAGUAGAAAUACAAUGAUACGGAGUGUGUAUUUUGUACAAUGUAAUAAGAAUGUGAAUCAUUGAAAAGUAGCUGCACAGGGAACAUGAGAUUAUAAACUGUACUGGCUGCUGUUCUCCAUGUUUGUGUGUAGCGCCAUCUGCUGGCUGAAUUUGUUGCAUUCAUUCAUGUUGGAAGUCUUGUCAGCAUUAUUUAAAUGAAAUUUGAAUGUACCUCUUAACCAAACAGUUAUUUCUGACUUGCUGUGAUCCUGCAGUUGGCAUUACUGCUCAUUGAACAUCAGCAUGUGUUGGGAUCCAAGUUCCUGGAUUUUACGAGCAGAAAUCAACUGUACUGAACUUAUGUGUGCAUUCGUGUGUAAUAGCAUGACUGUUGAACUCAUCCAGAUUUGUAGAAAAUCAGUCCCAUCUGACACAAUAUGAGCUUUACGUUGCACAUAGAGACUAUAAAUGUAUAUUUUUAUUCAUAUGUGACUGUUUAUUGUGUUAUUUACUCAAUAAAU